AAGCGGAAGUGGACCAUUGAGACUGGAGAGAGAAAAAGGAGGGAGGGGAGAGGAAACGUUGCAUGCUGAAGAGUGGGAGGUUGGGUUGACUCGACCCAUACAUUUCACAUUUAUUUUGCAGAUGGUUGUUAAAGUUAGAACAACAUAUAAGCUAUAUCGUAGUUUAUUGACUGAAAACAAGGAGUUGAUUGUGUCCGGGUGAGUUGCUAGCCAGCUAGUAGCUAACUAGCGCCCGCCCCGACCGCAGCAUCCGCACCGAAGCACUACGUUAGCAAGCCAUCAUUGGUCUCACACGCACAUCGGAGCCGUGCAGCCUCCGUGCGCGAGGGAAUAUUCUGGUUAUAUUGGCAACAAUUAACCAUCAUCAGACACCUCCAGGAUGAGUGGUGAUGAGAUUAACCCUGCAGCAGUGGCCCAGGCAGUAGAGGACGUACAGGGAGACGACCGCUGGAUGUCCCAGCACACACGGUUUGUUCAGGAGUGUAAGGACGCGGAGCCGGAGGUGCUGUUUAUAGGAGACUCCAUGGUGCAGCUAAUGCAGCAGUACGAGAUCUGGCGGGAGCUUUUCUCUCCACUGCACGCGCUCAACUUUGGAAUCGGGGGAGACACCACCUGUAAUGUGCUGUGGAGGCUGCAGAAUGGAGAACUGGACAACAUCAGGCCCAAGGUGACGGUGGUGUGGGUAGGAACCAACAAUCACGAGCACUCAUCUGAGCAAGUUGCAGGGGGAAUCCUUGCAAUUGCACAGCUGCUCACCUCCCGUCUUCCAAAGACUAAGGUUGUUGUUCUGGGUCUGUUGGCACGGGGUGACGGGCCCAACCCACUGCGGGAGAAGAACGCAGCGGUGAAUGGCUUCCUGCGCUCCUGGCUGCCGCGGCUGGGCCAGGCCCAGUUCCUGGACGUGGGGGCUGGCUUUGUCCACUCUGACGGAACCAUCUCCACACGGGACAUGUUUGAUUUCCUGCACCUGACGGCGGCGGGCUACCGGGCCAUCGCCAAGCCCCUCAGUGACCUACUGCUGCAGAUACUGGAUGAGACGCCUGAAGAGAAGAGGGCCUCGCUGGUCUGAGGGCCACACCCCAGGGUCCACACAGCCAGGGACAUGCUUCACUGACUCCCUCCUCCUGUUGGGGAGUAGCUGGAAGUUUCCCCAAACCACUAUUCCAGGGUCUGGUCCUAGAUCUGUGGUUAGGGGCGACUUCUACCUGGAGUCUCUACUGGGAACAGGGGAGGGGGGGGAUAGUCAGGGGUGAGGCAUGCUCCUGUCUGGGGAAGGGGUCAGAUCAAGAUAUGUCAUUCACAUGAGGGGGCUGGGCCAAGCAGAGAGAAUGGGCACUCAUGUGAGUGGAACUGAAACUGCAGGAGGGAGAGUGCAUGGGGAUCAUGUGCAUGUGUGCGGGGUGACUGUGUGGAGAGAGUCAACAACUUCCAGAGAGAUAUACAUACAUGCUGUAGCAGCAACAGUACCACUUGCGGUCAGAGAGAUCUGAUAGUGGGAGGAUGGAGAGAGAGAUGGGACAUUUCUGAAGUACACCUGCCAAUGGCACACAUGCAUAGACCCCCCCCAAAAAACACACACUGUAGUAGACUGUAAAAUGUUGAGUUUUGCCAUAUGAAAUGUAAAGUAGCUUCCUACUCGGUCACAGCUUAGCUGCACAGUAAUAAGCACUCCGAUGCGUUCUCUCUCAGAAAUCAGUUUGAGUUGGCUCCGUUUGCCCCAACAGACUUUUUAAAAGCUCUAAAUUACCAUCUGAGGACCAACUGCGAAAUAUAUUCUCUCCUCCCCCUCUCUGCUUUGACACACACACACACACACACACACACACACACACACACACACACACACACACACACACACACACACACACACACACACACACACACACACACACACACACACACACACACAGCAGUGAAGUCAAAGCUAUCUUCCCGUAAUGGCCUUCUGCCAUACACACACUGUCAGACACUGCCUCUCUUACACAUAGAAAAAACUGUAACUAAAAUCCUUGCACUUUCUCUCUCCUGCUCACUCUCGGCGCUCUUCAUUUUUGUCCUUAUUUUGUCUUGUUGUGUAGUAUACAGAACCCCCACCCAGCCCUGGACACACUACCACCUGCCUCCUAACACAUGACAUUGUCGCAGGACGACUUAAACAGUAGCAUCAUGAUAAAGCUAUUGACACACAACAUUGAUUGAAUUUACUAGUCUACUACACUAAAAACCAACCACAGGUCACAUAGAGAAUGUCAUGUGUUUGACCUUUCAACCCUGUUUUGUUUCCUGGUGCAGUUGAACUGAAGUGGUUAGAGGUCCUCUUGCUGAGCAUCGACUGCUCUCAUGUUAUAACCGUCUAUACGUAUUCUUCUUGCGCUAUGUUGAUCUACAUUCUGUAUACGCGUGUGUGAGUAAACCUUGAACAUAGCUGGAGGUGAGAAGUGUGUAUGUCACUUAUGUUUGAGUCUGUGCAUUGGUUGUAUGACUGUUUAGAAAUGGCCCAUUUGUAUAUAAUACAUAUAUAUAUGUGUGUGUGUGUGUGAAGCUUGGAUAGAUGGCCUUGUGUUGCGAAUGUGGUAGUGUUUGUAAGAGAAUGACCAUUAGUGAGCAUCUGUAUUUGGUGCAAACUGCACUAUAUCUGGCUUAUUGUCACAUGCUGAGAAGACGGCGCAUUCCAAUAAAGGACCAUGGAUGUA